AUGGGCGACGCCGCCGCCUCCUCCCCCGGCACCGAGCCCGGCACCGCAGCCCCCAAGCGCCCCGCCGGCUUCCUGGCCCUCUACCAGAAGGCGCUCCCCUUCCCCGCGCGCCCCGGCCUCGCCGCCUGGAGCCCCACCCUCGACCUCAUCGCGCUCGUCACAAGCAACGAGAACGUGCUCCUCUACCGCAUGAACGGCCAGCGCGUGUGGGGCUUCGCGCACCGCCGCGGCCGAAGCGGCGGCGCCGAGACACGCAUCGAGCGCCUGCAGUGGCGGCCGGACGGCAAAAUGCUGGCGCUGGGCUACAGCGACGGAUCCACGCGCAUCUACGACGUCAACAACGGCAAGCAGAUCCAUAGGCUGACGUCGGAGGCGGCGAGCUUCGGGCGGGUGACGUGUGUGGGAUGGGUCGAUAAUUAUUCGCAGCGCGCGAGGCCGGGGAUGGCGGCGGAGGCCAAGUCGGCGGAGUGUACGCCGCAGGCGCUGUUUGAUAUGGAUGUGGGGCAGAUGCUGCCGCGGCUGAGUGUGCUGCCGUCGUCGUCUGGAGCAGAUAGCACGUUUACGUCGAAGGUUACGCUGGAUGCGUUGAUCAAUUCGGUUACGAAGAGUGGGGAGGGCGAUAAUCUGGAUGUGCUGCUGAUUGGGGAGGAGGGCGGGAAGAUUCUUUUGAAUGUAUUUGAUUCAUUCUUAAUAGGAACUAUGGAGCUCUCAUCCCUAUCCCACCAGCUUAAACCUCACUCGAAGCUGCUGCGUCACACAGCUUCCUCAGACCUGUCCACCCACUCGCUGUUAAUACUCGAACCCCAGACCAAUAACAUACUCUUCGCAACCAUGGAUAUCCUCUUCAUCCAACAGUUCGGCCAAUAUCUGUUUCAGCUAGCGUCAACAUCGACCAGGGUCCAAGCGCUCCUCCGCUAUAUCCAGGAGGCCGUAGUCGCACUCGAGACCGAGUUCAAAACCAUGAACGACCUAGCCCAGCGGUACGUCAGCAUCAUCGACGAAGACGUGCGCAAGCAGGGGAGCGAAGUCUCUCUCGAAUUCUUCGAGCUCCUCGUGACCGGCGUCCCGAGCGAAGUGUUGCGCGAAUGGCUGGUCGACGUCUUGACAGAAAGGGGCCAAAAACGGUGGGAAAAGAGCUCGAUGAACGGCUACGAGACGCUGCGAAGGCUUGUCCACGAGAACCUGCUUCCGACAUGUGAGCGGCUGACGGUGCUCUUCUGCCGCCUGCGGGGAUUGGCCAGAUGGAAGGAAAGAGGCAGUCCCCUGGGACUCGACCCGGACGAUUUCACCCGCUGCCUGGACGUUGUCUCGGGCCUCACGGUGUUCGCGCACGAGUUCCUCCUGAAGCUCAACAAGGAGCUCGAGCACUUCGCCGCCUUCGGCUCCUGGCUGCGGCACACGCUCGACGAGCUCUCCACGGUGAUCAACAUCGACGACAAGCCGGCCGAGGACCCGCAGAUCGACACGCUGCGCGUGUCCGAGUACAUCAGCUGCUACCUCAAGCAGUCGUCGCUGGCGGCGUUCUUCCGGCGCGAGGGCUUCCUGCGCCUCAGCGAGUACAAGAAGAAGGGCGAGAGCGUGUUUGAGCUGUAUGCGAAGAGCGCCGACAAGGAGCCCGUGCCGCCGGGCUUCAUGGAGCUGGCGGCAUACCUGGAGGAGCUGUGCAAGACGGUGUUUGCGAAGCCGCAGAUGGCGAUGAGGCAGCAGUUGAGGGUCGGCAAGCCGGUGGCGGUGGCGGAGAGGGAGGUGGGCAGGAUGGAUGUGAGGAUGGUGGUGGAGGGGGGGGCGCCGGUGGCUUAUGUUGCGUUGUGCGACGUUGAGAAGAAGGCGAAUAGUCUUAUCCUUAUCCGGUGCCAGAUCUCUGUCGACGGAUCCCUGAGUACGGUUUCAAAGAUUGGUUGCGCCAAAGUCCUCUUCCCAGACCCUGAGUCCACGUUGGUUGAUCUUCAUUUCGUUGAUUCAAGCACAAUAAUCUUGAUUCUUGCUGAUAAAACUGGUCGUAAUUCCGAGAUGGUGUCGAUCGCAUAUGAUAUCAUAACCUAUGAUGAGAACUACGAUCACGAAGAUCUGGCCGAAAGCGUGUUCUCGUAUGCAGAGGCGCUGCAAGGGGAAGAGAUGGCCGUUGUCACUAGACGCCAGUUUGAUUCCUCGUUCAUACCGGUGCAGCUCACCAUUAAUGGGAACAAGGGCAGGCGAGUUGGGUGCGUGAUAGCGGAAGACAGGAUGAGAUACAUCGUGUUUGAUCUAGACGGUCAAGAGGAAGACGAUGAAGAGGAGGAAGAGGGGGAAGAGGGGGAAAUGACAGUUGAGGAGGAGGAGGAGGGGGAGGGGAAAAACUGA